AUGGUCAAAGAAGGUUUCAUAGAGACCAUUAAGCAUGAAGCUAUGUUAUCAGAUGUGAGUGAUGGAAGUUUACCAGGAGCUCAGUACUCCGUCCUAAAUAGGAAGGAGGGAAAGAUCUCUUCAAAAACUAGCCUGGUCCAGGGAGCAACAGGGGCAAAGCGGUAUCAUUGGACAAUGCAGCGACAGGUGAAUCUGGGAACUAAGCAAGUGUCCCAUUCAUUCUUAAUUGUACCUGAUUUUCCUGCACCGCUGUUAGGAAGAGACUUAUUAUCCAAAGCCCAAGCCCAUAUAUUCUUUCACAAAGAUGGUGUCCAGGUUACCGAUGGGGAAGGGUCCCCUCUGCAGGUUCUGAUGAUCGCCUUACAAGACGAAUACCGUUUGUAUAAAGGUGUGGAAGACCAACGUGCAGGCUUAAUGGAUAUGGCUCCGUGGCUGGAAGAGUUUCCCCAAGCCUGGGCAGAAACUGGAGGAAUCGGGUUGGCAAAACACCGACCACCCAUUAUUGUGAACUUAAAACCCUCUGCCACACAGGUAAGAGUCCAACAGUAUCCCAUGCCCAGGGAAGCCCGGGAAGGCAUACAGCCCCAUAUCCAGUGGCUGUUAAGGGAGGGGGUGCUGAAGAGGUGCCGGUCUGCAUGGAAUACACCUCUCCUCCCAGUAAAGAAACCAGGGGGGGAGUACCGACCGGUGCAGGAUCUGAGAGAGGUAAAUUGCCGAGUUGAAGACAUACACCCCACAGUCCCUAACCCUUAUACGCUGCUCAGCAAUCCCCCAGAUCAUGUGUGGUAUACUACCCUGGAUUUGAAGGAUGCUUUCUUCAGCCUGCCCUUAGCCCUGCAGAGCCAAGACAUUUUUGCCUUCGAAUGGGUUGACGAGACGGAUAAAAUCCUCGGCCAGCUGACCUGGACAUGAUUGGUCCAAGGGUUCAGGCACUCUCCCACUUUAUUCGACGAAGCUUUGAGUGACAACUUGCAUGAGUACAGGGGUCAAAACCCACAAAUUACUUUACUACAAUAUGUGGACGAUUUAUUGAUCGCAGCCCCCGAUCGUGCAAGUUGUAUCCAAGCAACCAGGGAACAGCUCACCACUCUGGGGGAGCUGGGAUAUAGAGCUAGUGCCAAGAAAGCUCAGAUAGCUAAGCCAGAAGUCACAUAUUUGGGGUAUAAGUUAAGGGCUGGGCAGAGGUGGCUCACUGAAGCCAUGAAACAGACGAUCCUACAGAUUCCCCAACCCACAAGCCCAAGGCAGAUGAGAGAAUUUCUAGGAACAAUACUCGCAGAGGUAAAUACGGUCAGAAAGGACUUGCGAGACUGCCCGUUGGAAAACAGUUACUUCAUUUGGUUCACAGAUGGAAGCAGUUUCGUACAGAAUGGACUAAGGUAUGCGGGUGCCACAGUGGUAAACGACCGGGAGGAGAUUAUUUGGGCAGAUGCUUUACUGCCAGGAACUUCCACUCAGAAAGCUAAACUUAUUGCCCUAGCAGAAGCUUUGGAAAGAGCAGAAGGAAAAAAACUUACAGUCUAUUCAGACAGUCGUUAUGCAUUUGCAACUCUUCAUGUAAAUGGCGCAAUCUACCGGGAGCGUGGCUUCAGAAACACAGAAGGGAGAGAAAUAAAGAACCAGGCAGAAAUUCUUCACUUGUUAUCAGCUGUGACCAGGCCACGAAUGGUAGCGGUGGUCCACACCCCGGGACAUCAGAGAGGACACUCCCUUGAAGCAAGAGGCAACUGA